AUUGAAUUUAUCAAGUGCCAUAUGGGUAGAGUCGCGCGGUUGGUUGAAUGAAUUGGAAAUGGAAGCAAGCAAACAGUAUCACUGCUAACUCCGCUAGAGGCGUACACAUUCAAGAUAGCAGGAGAGCUUUGUUCAGGGUUUGAUUCUGUCGCGACGUUCCAGGCAGUCAAGAAGUGGUGCUUUGAGGCGGCGGUUCGCGAUUUUUUUCCAGUCCUAUGUGUGUUUGCUCGCUCGGAUCGCAGUUUGCGUCGAUGGGGACGGAGAUUUGUGCAACCGGGAGUAACUUUGUGAUUUAAUGUGAUUUCAGCAUUUAACGGGGUCACAGGUGUGUGUGCGCUCGCGUAAUUAACGUCGCGGUUCGUUGGGUUAUCGUUGGGAAAUGAAUUAAAUCGAAGGGAAAUUUUACGAGUUUUUGUUUAGAAACCAAAGAUUGGUUGAACCUUGAAAAGGACUUUAGGGAUAAUCGGGAUGAUGGAAGUGAGCGAAGUUCCUCAGCAGCAACAGCUACAACAGCAGCAGCAGCAGCAUAAUCAGUCGCAGCUGCCGUUGGAUUUUAGUGUAACAAUGGUGAACAUCAAGUUGAACAAUCUGAAUGUGAAUUUGAACACAAACAACAAUAGCAUCAGUAUACUGAAUAAUAAUAAUAAUAAUAAUAAUAGUAAUAGUACUAAUGGCGCCAGUGGUCAGCACCCAGGCAUCGGUGGAUCACUGAAUGGUGCUAGUGGAAUAAAUAGUCAUCAGGAUGCGAUGAGUUCCUUGCUGGCGGUGCACCAGCAUCAUCAAAGUGGUGGUGGGAAUGGUAGUGGUAGCAAUGGAGGCAGCAGCACAGCUGCUCUUACAAGUGCAUUCAAGGUGGUGAUGCCACGGGGGAAAGCCGACGUUACCGCGAACGGUCUAUCGCCUCUGCUGAUCAACAACGAAUUAUUGGUAAAUCACUACCGAAGGUUACUACAUCCGGCGGCAGUUCCUCGGCUUCCCAAUGGCAGCAAUUCCACCUCCAGCUACGAUGACGCAAUGGACGCGCACAAAAUCAAUCGAGAUGAAAUCAAAUUCGGCAUCAGCCGGCUGGUCAAGAACGAAUCGGAAGACGAGGACAAUAACAACGUGUACCACCAGCCGGGUCACGGGCCGAACGGGUAUGAUUCGAGUAGUUUGAGCGUGCGGUCACGAUCCCGCAGCCGGUCCAGGUCCCGGGAUCGAUCCACACGAUCACGAUCGUCUUCGAUAGAGCUGGAAGUGGAUUCGCCUCCUCCUCCGCCACGAAUUAGCCUAUCUCCGACGACGGAGAUUGCACCCAUACCGAAAAACUCGGAAGCCUUCUCCGUUUCGGCCUUACUGAAGCGUGAAGACGAGCCCAAGUCCAAGUCGCCUUUGUCGAACAGUUCGUUCGAAUGUGUGAGACCAAACUACUCCCAGUUCUACGAACAAAGCCUUCUGAACCGACCACUGUUUCAUCCGUUUCCGUUCUUUGCUAUGCUUCAGCAGCAAGGUCACCAGUUGAAUCCAGCCUUAAGCAAUCUUUCCCGCAGUUAUCACCCCUCGACGCCGGAAGAUCUGCUUCGGUUACGGCACUUUAUGGCUCAAAAUGCAGUGGCAGCGGGUGCAGUCGUGGCCGGUGGAGUCGGCAGCGGAGCCAACGGACCUUCCGGAGCUCACCUGGACUUUAACCACCCGCAUCAUCCACACCAUCUGCUGAUGCGUCCAGAAGUGCACGCACGGAGAUCGCACAACGGCAAACGGCCGUACGCCUGCGAGAUGUGCAACAAGACGUUCGGCCACGAGAUUAGUUUAAGUCAACACAGAGCUGUGCAUAGUGUAGAGAAAAUUUUCGAAUGCAAGCAGUGCGGGAAGGCAUUCAAGCGGUCCAGCACGCUGUCGACGCACCUGCUGAUCCACAGCGAUACCCGGCCGUAUCCUUGCGGGUUCUGCGGGAAGCGGUUUCACCAGAAGAGCGACAUGAAGAAGCACACCUACAUCCAUACCGGUGAAAAGCCCCACAAAUGCCAGGUAUGCGGCAAAGCCUUCAGCCAAAGUUCGAAUCUGAUAACACACUCGCGGAAGCACACCGGCUACAAACCGUUCCAGUGCGAGCUCUGCCACAAGGCAUUCCAGCGCAAGGUGGACCUCCGGCGGCACAAGGAAACCCAACACACGGAAAUGCGACCGAUGGUCAACUAACCAAAGGCCCUUCCGGAAUUCACCAUAUGCUCUCCACCGUCGUCGACGUCGUCCUCGUCGCUCGUCGUCGGAGCAGCCACCGGUCUACCACAGAUUUCCGCUGUGAGUUCCCUCGUUGAUGGCAGCCGGGGCAGCAGUAGUGGUGGUGGUGGUGGCAUGGGAUCCGGUAGUAUCGAUGCUGGCAGUUUUCUUCUGCCAACAUCCCUGACCACCGAUGGUGAAUUCAUUGUGAUUGACUGAUUACAACGAGCUACAGAAUCCAUGAGAUCGUAGGACAGCUUAGGACAAAAUCAAAAAUUAAGAAGAACUUGUUUUAUAGAUGAAAAUAAUGAACCAAUCUUGCGUAGGUGUUAAAUGUGUAAAGUAUUGUACAUAGCUUAGAGAACAAAGUAGAUGAAUAUUUGAAAGUAUACUUUCUUUCUGUUGUGUCUUGUUUUUGGUUGUAAAACUUACCCUUAAGCCGUACUGUUCACUAUUAGCUAGGGAAAUCCAAUUAUCUCAAAUGCGAACCAAACUGUAGUCACAUCUUCAUCGUGGAACUGGAAUGUGUAAAAUUGUGAAUAAAUUCUAACAUUUCCUAUUCGUUUAGCACUGUAAAUAUAGUGAAACCAAACUCGACCAUGUUUGUGUAAACAUCAGUUGCGGUAAACCUAAGAAUCAUUGUAUCAAAAUCUCCGGGAAACAGACUACAUCGGAAAAUAAACCUUAAUGUGCAAUUUUCAUGAAGCCAAAGUAUAGAA